AUGUCCGUCUAUUCAUCUCUUUUACAAAAGAGGAAGAGACAGCCAUUGGGUUUCGUGGAUGUGAUCAUGGAGGACAUGGAGAGGACAGAGAGGGGCCAGCUACUGUACUUCAGUCACUUUAGCCAGUGUGUCUGGGCAUCCCCUCAUCAGAGCAGUCUGAGAUUUCCCUUGAGUGUGAAGCCCACUCUUAAUAAAGUGCAAACCCAGAGCUCCUUGUGUCUUUCUACUUCACCUUCUCCUCUGUAUCUUGCAGGACAUGGCGGCGUGAACCAGCUCGGAGGUGUGUUUGUAAACGGCAGACCCCUCCCUGAUGUAGUGCGGCAGCGGAUCGUAGAGCUUGCCCACCAAGGGGUUCGACCGUGCGACAUCUCACGACAGCUGCGUGUUAGUCAUGGAUGUGUCAGCAAGAUACUUGGCAGGUACUAUGAAACAGGCAGUAUCCGACCCGGCGUCAUCGGGGGAUCCAAACCAAAGGUUGCUACACCCAAAGUGGUCGACAAGAUUGCCGAUUACAAACGCCAAAAUCCCACCAUGUUUGCCUGGGAGAUCAGGGACCGACUCCUGGCAGAGAGAGUGUGUGACAACGACAGUGUUCCGAGUGUCAGCUCCAUCAACAGGAUCAUUCGGACUAAAGUCCAGCAGCAGCCGGGCCAAACAGGCUCAGUGUCGGCUCACAACUUAGCAACAUCAGUGGCUGCCACUCAAGUCUCAGCAGUGACCAGUGACUCUGCAGGAUCGUCGUACUCCAUCAGUGGCAUUCUGGGAAUCAGUUCAGCAGCUGAUGUCGGGAAACGGAAACGAGACGAAGGUAUGCAGGAGUCGCCACUAGCCAACGGGCACAGCCACAGUGGGCGGGACUUCCUCAGGAAGCAGAUGAGAGGGGAGCUGUUCUCGCAGCAGCAGAUCGAGACAUCGGAUUAUUCCUCCAUGGCCUCAUUAGCUGGUGGACUUGAUGAAAUGAAGAACAGUUUGGCUAAUCCUGGCACAGGAGCGGAGUUAGGAGCCAGCGUGUCCGGCCCACAGUCUUACUCACUGGUCCCAGGUCGCGACCUGGCCAGCACCACUCUACCAGGAUAUCCUCCACAUGUUCCUCCCACUGGACAGGGCAGCUAUUCCACCCCCUCCCUCACUGGCAUGGUACCUGGUGGAGAUUUCUCUGGAAGUCCAUAUUCCCAUCCACAGUAUUCCACGUAUAAUGAGUCUUGGAGAUUCCCAAACCCCAGUUUACUUGUGUUCCAGCAGGAUUAUGGGCCUCUCCUGGGGACGGAAAUCGGCUGCUCCUCCAGUCUCUUCACCAGCCAGGCCGGACAGAUGCAAGGGUCACCAUACUAUUACGGCGCAACAUCGCGGGGUGCAGGUCCAGCUGCCACAGCAACAGCCUCAGCCUAUGACCGUCACUGACAGCACCCCCCCACAAAUGGAUGACAAAAAAGAGAGAAAGAGGGAGGGACGGAUAGCACCAGCAAUGCUCGGUAGAAACCUGCCCUACGCACACGCACCAACGAGGGCGGACUUCAGUCCAGUUAGAAUUUCCUUCCGAUCGACGUUUACGCCACCACAAACAUGAGUAUGUGUUUUUUGUUUUUUUUUUACGUUCAUUCUUACAGAGCUUUCUGAAGCGUGUCGGGUCAGAGCAGUGUGAUCUCAACACCGUCAUGAUGGGACUCCUUUUGGCUGUAGUUUGGUACCAACUUUGAUGAGUUUUCUUUCAAGGAAUUAAUCAAAUCUCUAUGCCAUUUUACUGUAAAGACAAUCCAGUUCACAUAAUUCCCAAUGACUGAAGGUGAUGCAACAUUUAUUCCCACCUUACUUUGUACCUAAAACGCGACCAGGCUUUUCGAACAAAGCACAGCCCUCCUCCUCCUCCUCCUCCGGUCCAAAAACCCCGGCCAGAUCAAGCAGGCCAAGCAGGGCAUCACGCUGUCCAGGACGGUGCUAUCCAGCCUCCCCGCAUCAAGAGCUAUUUAUAAUGGAGAAGACAGAGUAAUAUAUUGAGAAGCUUUUCUGCGCUGCACUCUGCCAUGAGAGUGAAUGCCUGUAAUGAUUUAUAUGUGUCACGCUGUCGUGCUAGAAUAGUGAUGAUAUUGAUGACAUUUUUUCAAUAAGAAGAGAAAUCUUUGUUUAUAAAUGUGGACCGACUGCAAGUUUCCUGUUCAUAGUUUGGUGGUGUCGGCUAACUGUGGUGCCGUUGGAUAAUCCGUUCUGAAUCACAUCCUCAAAGUGGCGGCGAAAUAUUUCUCUAUCGAUCUCUUUCUAUGUCUCUCUAUAAACUCCCCAAAGACGGGCCCCCCUUAGUGGAUCGGCUGACUAACUACUGAAGCACAAAGAGACUCAAUCAUUGUUUCUAAUGCGACUUUUCUUCUUUCUCAAGAAAAGUGAAGUAACAUUUCUUUGCUCUCCCCCUUUUAUGAGUAAUCUGUCUUUGUGCUGUUUGACAUGAUAUUGUUUCUAUAAAGGCAUUGCUUUUUUAAGAAAAACAACAGUUUCUUCUGUUUGACUUCAUCAGUUCUGCGCUAUGACAAUGCAUGACACCAGGGUCGAGGCCUUACCCGUUCAAAGUGCAGAGUUUGGAGAUUCACCUUCGGGCACGGAUCCAAAACAAGAGAGUAAAACUGCUGCCAUUUGAGUCUCUCAACCUAUCAGCAUCCACUCUGAAUUUGUACAGUAAUUAGCGAAGAGAAGUCAAAGUUGAUUUCAAUACGUCACAUUUAUCAUUAGACUAGCUAUGAAGCAUACUUUAUGAUAAGAAUUUGUGGUGUCGUUUCUAGCCAUUGACUGCUAGUGGUAUUUUCUUUACAAUAUUUGUGGGAUAAGCCGAGCUCAUUGCAAGGCACAAUGUCUGUGUGUGAGUGAU